GCUGUUCAGUAACUGUUUCUUCAACCCUGCCUUUUGGAAGUGAUUCUGCACUUUUUUUUUUCAGCUGGAAAGCGUAAUCCAACUGAGUUGAAGCCUCCGUCUGCGUAGAUUUGGGGGCCGAGACCGCCCGCGUUCAGCAGCGCUCGGCACCAGCCUCUCCGCCCACGUCGCUCUCACAGCCGCCGCUCCAGGCAGCGUGCGCGGGCCGGAGGGGUCUCCUCGCGCUCCCAACUGCCCGCCACCCUCUCCAACGGCCACUACUCGGGCUGGCAUCCGGGACGUCAAGCCAUGCUGUGCCUUCUGUUUCUGCUCACUGGGCUCAUCGGGCUCCAGACAGACGACAGGUCUGAAAGGCUACGUGUGCAAAUUACAGUUCCAGAGAAAACACGGUCAAUAUCAAGUGGAGGAGUUGAAUCACAGGUGUCCUACAAGAUUGUAAUUGAAGGGAAAACAUACACUGUGAACCUAAUGCAAAAAGCUUUCUUACCUCAUAAUUUUAGAGUUUAUGCCUAUAAUGGCACAGGAAGUAUGAAACCUCUUGCACAACAGUUUCAGAAUCUUUGCUACUACCAAGGGUUUAUUGAAGGCUACCCAAAUUCUGUGGCGAUCAUUAGCACAUGUACUGGACUCAGGGGUUUACUGCAGUUUGAAAAUGUCAGUUAUGGGAUUGAGCCCUUGGAGCCUUCAAUUGGUUUUGAACAUGUGAUUUAUCAAGUGAAACAUAGGAACGCAGGCAUUUCUUUAUAUGCUGAGAAGGAGACUGAGUCAAGAGAAAUGCCCUACAAAAUACAAAGUGUGGAGCCACUUGCAGACGUCACUCAGUAUAUAGAAAUGCAUGUUGUAGUUGAAAAAAAUUUGUAUAAUCAGAUGGGCUCUGAUACUGCUGUUGUCACUCAAAAAAUUUUCCAGUUGAUUGGACUGACCAAUGCUAUUUUUACAGCUUUUAAAAUUACAAUAAUUCUAUCUUCAUUAGAGCUUUGGAUAGAUGAAAAUAAAAUUUCAGUAACUGGAGAUGCUAAUGAAUUAUUAUACAGAUUUUUAAAAUGGAAACAAUCUUAUCUUGUUUUGCGUCCACAUGAUGUGGCCUUUUUACUUGUUUACAGAGAAAAAACAAAUUACGUUGGUGCAACCUUUCAAGGGAAGAUGUGUGAUAAACAGUAUGGAGGUGGUGUUGCUCUGCACCCCAGAACCAUAAGUCUGGAAUCACUGGCCAUUAUCAUAGCUCAGUUACUCAGCUUCAGUAUGGGGAUAGCUUAUGAUGACAUUAAUAAAUGCCACUGCCCAGGGGCCGUCUGCGUGAUGAACCCAGAAGCAGUUCAUUCCAGUGGUGUGAAGUUCUUUAGUAACUGCAGCAUGGAAGAUUUUGCACAUUUUACUGCAAAAUCCCAAUGUCUUCAAAACCAGCCACGUUUAGAUCCAUCCUACAAAAGUGCAGUGUGCGGUAAUGGAGAAGUCGAAGAAGGAGAACAGUGUGACUGUGGGUCUGAGGAGGAAUGUGAGGCUCUGCCACAGGUGUGCUGUAACCGCGCCACGUGUCAACUGUCAGGCAAUUCGGUUUGCGAUACUGGCCCCUGCUGUGAAGCUUGUGCUUAUAAGCUCUCAGGAGAGAUGUGUCGACCUGCCUCUAAUGAAUGUGAUCUCCCUGAAUUUUGCAAUGGCUCAUCUGCAUCAUGUCAAGACGACUUUUAUGUUCAGAAUGGGCAUCCAUGUGAGGACAAUCAGUGGAUCUGUUUGGAAGGAAACUGUAUGAGUGGGGCAAUCCAAUGUACGCACAUAUUUGGUGAAGGUUCAAGUUUUGCUGGUCAAGAGUGUUAUGAAGAUCUUAAUUCUAAGGGUGACCAGUCAGGGAACUGUGGUGCCACUGCUUCAGGGUACACGAAGUGCGAACCCAAGGAUCUGAAAUGUGGAAAAUUAAUAUGCACAUAUGAUAAGACAGAACUAAUUAACAUUCCAAGUGCCACUAUUGUUUAUGCCAACAUAAAAGGACAUCUCUGUGUUGCCUUGGACUAUGCAUUUGGUGAUAAAGCCAGCGACAAUAUGUGGGUAAGAGAUGGAACUGUCUGUGGUGAAAGAAAGGUUUGCAAGAAUAAAACAUGUGUAGAUUCUGCGUUCUUGAAUUAUGACUGUACUCCAGAAAAAUGCAACAAUCAAGGUAUAUGUAAUAAUAAAAAGAACUGUCACUGUAACCCUACGUAUUUACCUCCAGUUUGCCAAAAUGAAUCACCAGGAUGGACUGGUGGGAGUGUCGACAGUGGUAACUUUCCACCCUCAGGAGGAGGCGGUGUACCUGGAGGCCGCUAUAUUGAGACUACUUACCAUGCCAAACCUACGAAAUGGCCAUUUUUCUUACUCAUUCCUUUUUUCAUUAUUCUCUGUGUACUGAUUGCUACACUGGUAAAAGUUUAUUUCCAAAGAAAAAAAUGGAGAACUGAGGAGUAUUCAAGCGAUGAGCAAUUUGAAAGUGAGAGUGAGCCCAAAGACUAGACUGCAAAACCAAAGAAACCACGAUACCACAAGUAAUUAUCUUUGAUGGGCCAGAAAAAUGGAAAAGAAAAAAAAAAGUACAUGCAUUGCCUGAAUGCCUGGGAUUCAAAACCUGCACAUUAUGGCUUUGAUCUGUCAAGAAAAGAUAGAAAUUUUCAAGUAUAAUAUAAUAUAAUACCAUAGAUAAAUUAUUUUUAAGGAAUACAUGUUUAUGAGUUUUAUACUGCAUAUUUCUUAUUUUUAAAGUUAUCUCACAUUAAUUCUGUUAGUCAGUAGGC